UUGCUUGUUUUUUAGCAGUUAUUUUUCAUUAGCAAAUCCAGCCAUGUUUUAAGACAAUAGCCCAAGCCAACAGCAGUAGAAACUCUUGAGAGCAUCUCUUCCCAAAUAUUCCUUUCCAGUUUUGGUACAGAGGAUGAUUUUACUUUAAAACACAGAUAUAAAUUGAUUCAGUUGGUCAGAUAAGGGCAAUUAACAGGCUGGUUGAAGCCAUGUACUGUGUGCGAGACAGUGCUGUAUCUGUUUCAUGUGUUAUUGAACAAAGUACUCGAGAUAAUUUGUAAAGCUGAAGCAAUGCUCUUUUAAGAACUAUCACAAAACAGAAGUACUUCAGCCGCUGAUACAAAAUACAUUGUCACUUCUGUGCAUGUGUGUAUUGUCUCCAGAUUCACUGUGACCCUGAUCAUGCUUAAGAAGAAAAUGAAUGAAUGAAUGAAUGAAUGAAUGAAUGCUUGGAUGAUGAGAAUGUGAGAGGUCAGUCUAUGUGUGUAGGCCGAUCACUCAACAAUGUAAAUGUUACAGCGCCAGAUUUCAGGCAGUGAUUCACACAGCAUACGUGGUGGAGGUGGGGUUACAGGCAUGUAAACUGCUCACAGAGGCAGAAGAGAUCAGACUCUUCAGGACUCAGCUGUGUGUUUGUACAAACUUUACUAAUAUUCAGAGAUGGAGACUCCUGAUCUGGACACAGAUAAUGUUUCUCCACCAUCAAACAACUGUAAACUCCAGGGAGAGAGAUCAGAAUCACCAGCACCCAGCUGUAUCUCCAUGAAGAGUGAUGAGUCUAUACUUCAUCCUCUGGAGUUUAAAGAUGGAGACUCCUCACUUCUAGACAGUAAACUCCAGCAAAAGAGAUCAGAAUCACCACCACCCAGCUGUAUCCCCAUGAAGAGUGAUGAGUCUAUGCUUCAGCCUCUUGCUUUUAAAGAUGGAGACUCCUCAUUUCUACACAGUGUUCUACAGAAGGCAGGAGACAGAACAGAAGUGGUCAUCACAGAUACAGGGAACCACCCAGAAUCUGCUGCUGUAAAUGAAGUCCAGAAAAGGUUCAGAUUAAAUCUGAUGAAGAAGUUUCAGUGUUUGAAUGGAGUGAUGAUAAACCUGGGAACCCAAACACUCCUGAAUGAGAUCUACACAGAGCUCUACAUCACAGAGGGAGACAGUGGAGAAGUCAAUAAUGAACAUGAGGUGAGACAGAUGGAGGCAGCGUCCAGGAGAACAACAACAGAGGAAACACCAAUCAAAUGUAAUGACAUCUUUAAGCCUUUAUCUGAACAAGACAAACCCAUCAGAUCUGUGCUGACAAAGGGAGUCGCUGGCAUCGGAAAAACAGUCUCUGUGCAGAAGUUCAUUCUGGACUGGGCUGAAGGGAAAGCCAAUCAGGACGUCCACCUCAUAUUUCCACUUCCUUUCAGAGAGCUGAAUUUGAUGAAGGACCAGAAACUGAGUCUGAUGGAGCUUCUUCAUGUCUGUUUUAAGGAAACUAAAGAAACAGAAAUGUCCAGUUUGGAAAAGGUUCUGUUCAUUUUUGACGGAUUGGACGAGUGUCGUUUUCCUCUAGAUUUCCAGAACACAGUGAGAGUGUGUGAUGUAACUGAAUCAGCAUCAGUGCAGGAGCUGCUGAUAAACCUGAUCAAAGGGAAUCUGCUUCCCUCUGCUCUCAUCUGGAUCACCUCCCGACCAGCAGCAGCUGAUCAAAUCCCCUCUGAGUGUGUGCAUCGAGUCACAGAGGUACGAGGGUUCAAUGACCCACAGAAGGAGGAGUACUUCAGGAAGAGAAUCAGUGACCAGAGCCUGGCCAAUAACAUCAUCACACACCUGAAGUCAUUAAGAAGUCUCUACAUCAUGUGCCACAUCCCAGUCUUCUGCUGGAUUUCAGCCACUGUUCUAGAGAGAAUGUUGGGUGAAGCAGAGAGUGGAGAGAUCCCCAAGACUCUGACUCAAAUGUACACACACUUCCUCAUCAUUCAGACAAACAUCAUAAGAGAAAAAUACUCCAAGAAGCAGGAGAGUGAUGAAGAAAUGCUUCUUAAACUGGGACAACUGGCUUUUCAGCAGCUGAAGAAAGGGAACCUGAUCUUCUAUGAGGAAGACCUGAGAGAGUGUGGCAUUGAUGUGAGAGAAGCAGCAGUGUACUCAGGUGUGUGUACACAGAUCUUCAGAGAGGAGUUUGGGCUUCACCAGAGUAAAGUGUACUGCUUUGUUCAUCUGAGCAUUCAGGAGCAUCUCGCAGCUCUGUAUGUGCACCUGACCUUCAUGAAGGAGAAGAGAAAUGUCCUUGAGCAGUAUUGGGGCUUUAAAUGGCUGAAUAAAUUACUUAUAAUCAGAAUCUCAGAUGUACACAAGAGUGCUAUAGAUCAGACUUUAGAAUGUCAGACUGGACAUCUGGAUCUUUUCCUUCGCUUUCUUCUGGGUCUCUCACUGGAGUCCAAUCAGAAACUCUUACAUGCUUUAGUAACACAGACAGGAAGUAGCUCCCAGACCAUAGAGGAAACAGUUCAGUACAUUAAGAAGAAGAUCAGUGAAGAUCUUCCUACAGAGAAAUCCAUCAAUCUGUUCCACUGUCUGAAUGAACUGGGUGAUGAUUCUCUAGUGGAGGAAAUCCAACUCUACCUGAAAUCUGGAAAACAAAGUGACCUCUCUUCUUCACAGUGGUCUGCUCUGGUGUUUGUGUUACUGACCUCAGCACAGGAGCUGGAAGAAUUUGACCUGAGUAAAUAUUUCAGUACAGAUAAGAUAACAGAAACUGUUGUUCUGAAGAUGAUGCCUGUGAUUGCAGCAUCCAGAAAAGCAAUUAUCAGCUGUGAUUCACUUGGAGUGAAAAGUUGGUCAGCUCUGGACUCAGCACUCAGAUCAGAAACCUCCAAUCUGAGAGAACUGCAUCUGACUGUGAAAACACUGGAUCUGUCCAGGAAUAAGCUAGGAGACUCAGGAGUGAAGAGUCUCUCUGCUGUACUGGAGAAUCCUCACUGUAAAGUGGAGACACUGGGGUUGUGGGAUUGUGGAGUCUCAGGUGAAGGCUGUGCUGCUCUGACUUCAGCUCUGAGAUCAAACCUCUCACACCUGAUAGUACUGGAUUUGUCUGAGAAUAAUCUAGGAGACUCAGGAGUGGAGAGUCUCUCUGCUGCACUGGAGGAUCCUCACUGUAAACUGGAGAUACUGGGGUUGUGGCAGUGUGGUAUCUCAGAUGAAGGCUGUGCUGCUCUGACUUCAGCUCUGAGAUCAAACCCCUCACACCUCAGAAGACUGGACCUGUCCUGUAAUAAUCUAGGAGACUCAGGAGUGAAGAGUCUCUCUGCUGUACUGGAGAAUCCUCACUGUAAACUGGAGAUGUUGAAGUUGCGUAAUUGUGGUGUCUCAGAUGAAGGCUGUGCUGCUCUGACUUCAGCUCUGAGAUCAAACCCCUCACACCUGAGACAACUGGAUCUGGCUGAGAAUAAUCUAGGAGACUCAGGAGUGAAGAGACUCUCUGCUGUACUGGAGAAUCCUCACUGUAAACUGGAGACACUGAGGUUGAAUAAUUGUGGAGUCUCAGAUGAAGGCUGUGUUGCUCUGACUUCAGCUCUGAGAUCAAACCCCUCACACCUGAGAUACCUGAAUCUGUCUGAUAAUAAACUAGGAGACUUGGGAAAGAAGCUGCUCUCUGCUCUUAAGGAUGAUGAACAUUAUAAACUACAGACUCUGAUGUGAAUAAUGGCCUUUUAAUAAAAGUUCAGCCUCAUUAUCAUUAGUUGUACAUUUCUCUUUUGUUCCAAUAAAUAUCAGAUUAUUAGGUUAGGAAAUAAAACCAGUUUUAGAAAAUGUCACUAUAUUCUAUUUAAUGUGAAUUUUUCUAACAAUUGUCUUUAAUGGUGUUUUGUGUUCAGUAAAGUGUGUUGAUUUAAAAUUCAUGUGAAGACAGAAAACAGGGAUUCAGACAGAGUCUACAAAAUGUCCCAAAUGAGUGCAUGAGAGUGAUUGUAAAUGAACAUUGUGUCUUCUGUCAUUCCUGUAAAAUUCACCUCAGCUUCUUCUUAAAGUCUGCACUUAAAUAUAAAUGUAGAACAAGAACUAAAUGACACAGUAGUGUUCGUUAUUUAAAAAAGCUCCUGUGAUUGGAUAAGAGCAGUGAUGUGAUGGGUAAAUAUCUGCUCAUUAUCCUGUUAGAACUUGUGGAAGUUCUCAUUUGUUCUAGCUAAAUGUUAGAAGACAGAUGUUAGUAAGAAUGAAGAAAUGUUGAAUGAUUAAUUAUAAACAGGAGAUGAUGAUGUUUCUCUUGGAGCAGAGAUGAUUACAUGAUGUUGAUCAUGAAGUACCACAGUCCACUUUGUGCUGAUUCAUUCACAUCUUUUUCUUUUGUAUUCAGGGUGUAGUGAACAUAUCUGUGUGUAUGAUGAAGACUCCUGUAUUUCCAUGUUCUGGAAUAAAAAAACAUAUCACUCUUUAGUUCUAACACAUUAAACAGACUCAGGGACGUGAAGUGUGUGUUUAUUAUGCACAGUGAAUCAGACUGCACACAGUUCUACACUGUAUAAUGAGUGAAUAAUGACCUCUGAUCCCUGGAUAAAAUUCCCUUGGGCCUCAGUCCCAUAUCAACCUGAGGGAUUAUUUGGAACAGCAGGUGAAAAACCACAUGAACUCGAGCUGAACCCAGUCAGUGGAUGAGAGAAAUAAAAUGGACUAGAACAGUUUCAGGUCAUUGGUGGAAUUCUCACCUGAGGAGUUUAUCUGAGUUUAUCUGAUGAAGCCCACAGGAGACUUGCUAUGAAACAUUUAUCACUUUGUCCUUUGGGUAAUUAAUGUCCCAUUAUUAUACUAAAUAUAAGCACUCUUGCUAAUCAGAAUGGAGCAGAAUUAAUUGUAGUAUAAUGUAAUUUUAGUGGGUUGUGGUUUUACUGUUUGUGUGAUUUAUUAUUUGUUUAUUAUUGUAAUAUU